UUAAAAUCCCAAUCAAAUUAACUCCUCCGAAUCAAAUACUAUCAAAUAGCAGUGGUACACGUACACCUGGUAACGGACAGAUAUUCUUGGUUCACUGUCGCAGACAGACAAUGCCCAUCAUCUCUCCUCGCUUCUUCUCUCUCUCACGCGUUCAGCUAGCGACACUGCAGCAAAGCCUAAACAAUCCACAUGGAAGGUUGAGAUUCAUCACGCCGUCAUACAGCUCCAGCUUUUGUGUAACUCAGAUCCCCUGGGGCACUCAGGAAGUUUCAUCAGAUAGAUAUAGACUUGGUGGUUUUAGGAGUUUUUGUACUGUAAAAGAUUUGUCAACCAAGAAAUGUGUGCCAUGCAAUUCAGACACGUUGAAAGCCAUGACCGAAGAAGCUGCAAAUACAUUAAUUGGCCAGGUCCCUGAAUGGAACCUGAUCAAUCAAGAUGGCAUCUUAAAGCUUCAAAGAUCAUGGAAAGCGAAGACUUUUAUGAAAGGGCUGGAGUUUUUUCAAGCUGUAGCUGAUGUUGCGGAAGCAGAAGGUCAUCACCCGGAUCUUCAUCUUGUUGGAUGGAACAACGUGAAAAUAGAUAUCUGGACACAUUCUGUAGCUGGACUGACGGAAAAUGAUUUUAUACUUGCUGCAAAGAUCAGUGGGCUAAACUUGCCUCACCUUCUACGCAAACAAGCUGGUAAAUGAGCAGGUGUACAAAUUUCUCAGGAAGCGAAUGUUAAGUAAUACCUAUGGAAGUGUAACCACCUGAGAUAUGAUGGAUUAAUGUUUAAUAUAGAAGUUGACAUGACUGGUAAUAAAUUUUAAACUCUUGUCCGUGUUUGAAUUUAUAUUUGUCAUUCUUUUGAUUUUAA